AUGGAUCCCAUUUCAAUUGUUGGCUUGAUCGGUUCGGUCGUUUCCAUCGGCGAUGUCGUCGCGAAGAGCAUUCGAAAACUCAGCGACCUCAGGAGCCGCUAUCAUAAUGCCCCUUUCCAGAUCACGACCUUGGUUGGCCAACUUUACAUUAUCCAGGCAGCAGUUGGCCAAUUAACGCAGUGGAAAUCGUCCGCCUUCCUUAAUGAAUCACGGUAUCUUGAGCUGGCCUCGCAGAUAGAGGCCUCGCUUGACAGCUUUUGCCCUCUCAUCUUGGCCCUUGGAAAAUACCUUGACAAGUUUGAAACAGUUUCGGAUUGUGACUCCUUUCAUACGCAGAACAAGUUACAAUACAUGUGGAAUGAGAAGGACAUAUAUGUCUAUUUAAGCAUGGUCGACCGACAGUCCAAGGUUGGGCAAAACGACAGCCAAGCUAUACUGGCAUCAGCCAGAGACUGCACAUCCUCGAUUGCAGGGCUCGGUGACCAUAGGACCAGCGUUUAUUCAGAUAAUACAAACGCUCUGAGCAUUCAGUUCGACUUCGAUGCUGUCAUUUUGGGCUCCAGGGUUUAUCAAACCGCUCAUAGAUCACAUUUGAGACAGGCAAUCAAAGCUAGCCGUCCAGAUGGGUCAGUCUAUCCCGUGGAAGCACCAUUUGAGAACGGAUCCGAAAUGCUAUUAGGGCCCAUCCAGGAAGAGUCGGGCGAAUCCACGAAUAGUGAUUGGAGCAAUGGCCGCGUGCCCUUACGCUCGAAAGUCUCUCCUGCAGUGCGACCCGGGCAAGGAUUUCAUCCUGGAAGCUGGUUAGAGGUUACUCCAUGGCGGUCGCGGCGUAAGUCCAUGCCUCAGAAACAAACCCAUCUUGUGGAACAAAAGCCCGACGACAAAAUAUUGAUACUUGGGGCUUCACAAUCUGGGAAGACCACAUUACUCAAACGCAUCCAAUAUUUCCUUGAUGAGGAACCCACCAAAGAGGAACGUGCCGUCUGGGCAGACACUAUACGGGCACAUGUGAUUCAUGAAACUCUGAUGGCGUUGGAUUUUAUGAAAGAAGAUGGUACUCUCCUACAAUACCCAGACAUAAACAAGCCUCACAUUGCGACUCUACGCAAUAACGAGCGCUGCGAGUUACGAAACGUGGAAGCCGCCAUCUUCUCCCUUUGGAAAGACAAGGUUUUUCUGGAAGGAUUUCACUGGUCGUACCGCACGCAACCCGCCAACAUCAAACAGCUGGCAGACCGAAUCUCGAGCUUGGCUGAUAGUGCCACCACGCAGGAUAUCCUCCAGGUAUUUGUCAGGACCACAGGCGUUCACGAAAUAUCUAUGUACUACAAUUAUCGAUCCUUCCAGAUCUGCGAUGUGGGCGGCAAUAGAUCACAGCGGAGGAAAUGGAUCCAUGCGUUCCCAAAUGCUUCGGUGAUUAUUUUCACGGCUGAUGCGACGUCCUAUUCAAAAGUGCUGUGUGAGGAUGAGGAUGUGGUUCGCGUGGCGGAAGAAUUGACCUUAUUUGGUUCCAUUGCAGAGGACCGCCGGUUUGCGAACAACCGCCUAGUGCUCAUGUUGACUCACAUGGAUCACCUUACCGAUAUACUAGUGCGUGUUCCGGUAACGGAUUGCUUUCCCGAUUUCAUUUCUUCACACUUGCCAAGCUCUUCAGAUUACCAGAGGGACUACCUGGCCUAUUUGGAGAACCAAUUUUCGAGUAGAAUUCCGGAUACCAGGGACCGAAAGACUUUUCAGAUUCUUCGGGUGGAUCUAAUCCAUGAUAGACUUGAAGAUGUGGAAAGUAUUCUCCAGACCUUGUUGAAGAUACGGUCUCAUACAACAUUUGAUCAAGCCUAUUCAAAAUAUUCCGACUCUCUUAAUGUGAUGGUGGACACUGUUAUAGAGAUAAAGCAUGAGGCCAGAACUAGGGAGUAA